AUGCGGCGCGUAUGGCUGCCGAACUCGCUGUUAAUUAGAGCAUUGUACAUUUGCCUCAUGAUCUCAAUCGCCUUUUCUUUACCUUUAACUUUACCCAACCACAAUACCACUUUGCGUGCCUUAAGCACCAACACUGAGGAUAGUACUUGUUGUAAGUUUUUAAGAAAAAUUUGGAUUUCAAAUUAAAUUUUAGGCUUUGAAGGCUGGCUGUUCUUAAACAGUUAAAUAUGAAAAUUCAAUUUAAAAAUUAUAAAAAUCAAUCUUUUUAAAUGUGAUAAGUUAAUAUUAUUGCUGUAAUACUAUUUUUUAUUUGUAUAUAUAUCUAGAAAACAAUUUUAAGGUUUAGAUCUAGUUUUAAAUGUUCUAUAUUUAGAUAAAAUUUGAUAUUUUAGGUAACAAAAUAAAAAAAUACUAUAAUAAAGCCAAUUUUAGUUGCUUCAUGGGAAUACCUGGACAUGAUGGAUGAACCGAUCAACGCAAAAGACAAACAAUGUAACAUAGAACUUGACGAUAUUUUUGUAGAAGAUUCUGAAGAAGAGGUAAGCUAUAUUUGGAUUUUUAAUCUCAUUUUUUGCGAAAAUUGGCUUUUUCUGGAAGAAGCAUAUAUGAAUAUAUAGGCGGGGGAUUUUGAUUAAAGUGGACCUAAAAGGGGGCUCACUAUGCUUGUCCCAGCCUCUUUGGCUAAGCCGGGCUAGGCUACGCUAGGCUGGGUUAGGCUGGGCUGGGCUGGGCUAGGCUGAGCUGGGCUGGGAUGUGCUGAGCUGGGAUGUGCUGAGCUGGCCUGAGCUUUACUGCGCUAGAGCGGGCUGAAGCAAAUUCAAAAGGAGCCGCGUCGGCGCGUGUGAGAUCAAAGAUCGGGCAGAAAAAUCGGGCUCGGCCCCUUUAUAUGUCUGGGUUAGAGAUAGGGAAGGGGAAAAGUAAAGGAAGAGUUAUAUAUGAAAAAUUAAUUGUUUCAUAAUAGACACCUUGAUAUUUUGAACAAACAACUUUUUGGGCUUUGUUACACUGUCUGUCCAUAGAGUAACAACUUGACGUCUACUCCAGUGCUUUAUCAAUACUAAUAUCGUUUUCGCAUUAAGCUUUGUUUCCUAGGUUUAUUUUGCGGCUAAUUUGCUUCAACUGAAGAGUUCUGAUAUACUAUAUUUCUAGUUGGUGAUAUAAACCUAAACUAUAAUCAAAUUUUCUUCAGGACACCGUAGGAAUCCGCUACAUCUACACCGAUCUAGACGCACGAUUCGCUCCAGACUUUGGCUUGUUCAAGGGCUUUCUACAUGACUUGAUCAACUCAUGUAGCCAUCAAAUCAUAGGAAACACAUUCGUCUCUACUACCUUCGAUCCAGACAACACUUCAGCUACACGAGCUUUCAUUUGUUGUACGGAUUCUGAAUGUAUUGGACAUUUGACUGAAGUGCAGCAGGAUCUAUAUUAUCGACCAUAUCUACAUGGUGAUAGGUUGGUAUAUGACGAUGAGGACGACGCUUCUUUUAUUGGGAAUUACACUAUCACGUGGUAUGAUGAGGUAGGUAUUUUAGGUAAAGUAGAGUAGGGUAGAGUGGAGUAGGUAGGGUAGUGAAAAUUGAGAUAGGGUAGUGUAGGAAACGGUAAGAUACUUCUAUAACCUUAAAUUUCAGACCAAGAAGAUCAAAACCCCAUGUAACAAGAACAGUUUCAUCUUCAUUACCAGUCGAAUCAUGGAUAUUGCAGUUAGUGGUCUACCAACUGCCGUUCGUGACUUCAGAGAUCGCUGGAGAAAUCUCUGUAUUCAGCCGACUAUCAUCCUUGUCGGCCGACCAGCCAAAGAGAAAGCAACGUUAGAGUACUACUAUGGUAACAUCACUGAGAAUCUGUUUGUAGUACCAAACGCAAGCUGUUUGCAUGUGAUUGCCAAGUGUAUUAAGCCUUGUAUGGUGUCUAACGACUCUUGUAAAGACUUGGAUUUGGAAAACUGCGAAAUCCCACCGACUACGACUUCAACGAGUACUACUACUACAACAACUACGCCGACUACGCCUACUACGGUAAGAAUUAUUAUAGCUGCCUUGUUUUACUUUGUUGUGCCCUACUGUUUCUUGCUUUGCCUUGCCUUGUGCUCUCUAGUAGACAUGGAGAACGGACCGGGUCUGAGCAAAAUUUUGGACGAGCUCGAUCUGAAAAUCGCGGCAAAGCCCGGUCCGAAAAGCCCAGCCCGUUUCCACGUAAAAAAAUUCGGGCCAGGCAGGGCCUGAAAAAAAACUCAUAUCGGGGGGGUCGGGCCUCACAUUCAGGCCCGGCCAAUUCACCGUGUCAUGUUCUUUCCUGUUGGCCUGUCCUGCCUUUGCCAUGCCUUUUUUUCCUGCCUUUCUUAGCUUUGCCUUGUUUCACUUCAUACUAUAUACUUUUUUUUUGUUUUAACGUAUUCCAACAUAAUUUUUAUAAACCUACUUUAACAAUGUCGUACUUUUUUGCAUGUAUUCUUUUUUAUUCUACUUUACCCUACUGUGGCCCACCACCCUAUCAUACUUGUUUUACAUUGUUCAUAAUCAUUUCUUUUUUUAGACAAUUGAACCACCAGCUACCUCAUUGCACAUACUUUAUGCUGUAGCGUUGAGUGAUACGUUAAAGAACAAGUUUGAAAACAUCAAGGAGAAUAUUGAAGAGGCCGUCAAACUUUACCUUGACGUAAGUAUUAAUAUAUAUUUAGAAUCAUCGUGCUAGAACCGAUAAUUUUAAUGUGGGCUUACAGUUAAGAUAAGUAAAUUUUUUUAAAAAUUAUUUUUUAAAUUUCAAAAAUUUUUUCAAAUUUUUUAAAAAUUUUAAAUUUAUUAGGAAACCCACAAUAACGAGAUAGCAGCCCAAUUCUUCGCGACUCCAGAAGACACGUCCAAGCAAUGGAUAUUGAAUAUCGACACUUUCCACGAUCGACUUGACAACAUGAAUGAUAGUGUGUUAGUCAAGAAUGUAGAACACAAUGAUACCGACAAUAAAACGACGAUUGUAGUUGACAAUGUUGAGCAUGCGCUCAAGUACUACGAUAACAAUCACCAAACAAGAAAAUCAACCGACGCUGCGCCACUAUUGAUUGUUAUGACCGACUUUUAUUCAUGGGUGAGGCUGCAAAAGAUUGUUUUAUUAAGUUUUUCAAAUAAUUCUGUGCCCCUUAACCACAAAAAUUUGCUUUAGAAAAGGCAGAGAAUUAGUUGAACUAUCUAAUAUAUUAACAAAAUAUUUUUUUAAAUUUGAAAAAAUGCCUUUACUGUCGCUAAAGUACCUACUAUAAUAUAAGAUUUCCAGAAGUUUUGGAGAUACAUGCUUGAUCACCCUAUAACAACUCGGUUUGAUGUGCACAUGUACGUAUACAAUUAUGCUGCGUAUAACAUAUUCAAAAGUGCAUCGAAUCGAGUAGUUGAUCUUCGUAUGUUGCACUAUUUGGAUCCUGAUCAUCUUGUAGUAAUACCAUUGGAUCCGACCGAUCCUAAGGAAGAUGACAAUGGUAAGAGAGAUAAAAUUAGCCUUUUCUAGCCAUGCCUUAGGCUUACUGAAGCUUACUUUAGUUUUUCUAGUCUCUACCCUACCCUAACCUACCCUACUCUACCCUGCCCUACCCUACCCUACCCUACCCUACCCUACCCUACCCUACCCUACCCUACCCUACCCUACCCUACCCCUACCCUACCCUACCCUACCCUAUCCUAUCCUAUCCUACCCUACCCUACCCUACCCUACCCUACCCUACCCUACCCUACCCUACCCUACCCUACCCUACCCUAUCCUACCUUACUCUUCUCUACUCUGCUCUAACUUACCCUAAACUGAAAUACCUUACCCUACUCAAGCCUCAAAACUUGAUUAUUCUGCACUGCCCUAGCCUACUCUUUUCUACCUUACCCUAAAAUGAAUUACCCUACCCCGUCCUUCACGUUAAAUUCGAAAAACAGCAAAAACUUUCUUUCCAAUUGAAAAAAAAAAUUAAAAAAGGUUAAAAAUAUCUAAAAAGUUCAAAAUUAAUGGAAAAAAGUAAAAUUUCAAAAAACAUUUCGAAUUUCGAACUGAACAAUGAUCCGAACCCAGCCUCUAAAUGACAAACAGAUCUGACCACUCAAACCUAAUAUACCCUACCCUACCCUACCCCACCCCACCCUACUCUACCCUACCAUGCCCUACCUUACCCUGCCUACUGUAGCCUCAGUACGAUCCAUACUUUUUAUACUACUGAUAACUUCUAACCCCUAUCAUUUCAGUAGGCCUAUCAGAAACCGAGCUCAUAGUGAUCAUAAUCGGAAGUGUUAUCUUUUUAUUGGCCAUCAUGGCUUUGAUGACAUUUUUAUACACGAAAAAGCUGUCAUGGAUGAGACGAAUCGAAAACUUUAGCAAAACCCAUGAAGAUGUCACAGCCAUCGUACAGGACUUCUGGGAACUGAGUUGGGAUCGGCUGCUUAUCAAGUCGGAAAAGAUUGGAUCUGGGGCUUAUGGGCAGGUAUGGAGGCUUUAAAAGUUUGGGUUUUGUUACCUAAAAUUCAAAAAAUUUUAACUUUUUAAAAAUUUGCAUAUACUAUCAAGCUACCUAUAAAAAAUUGAAUAUGGCAUCAAAUAAGCCCUUAAAACCCCUCUUUUACCAUCAUCUUCCAGGUAUUUCGCGGCAAAGUUCACGGCAAACCCCCGUGUGUAGACCACGUGUACGUCAACUCCAGUCUACCGGUCGAAAACCAGUACGAAGACUGUGAUGUAGCCAUCAAAAUGCUACCGCGGUAUGCCAGCGAAAUGGCAAAACGAGAGUUUUUGCACGAAAUCGAGCUCAUGAAGAAGAUCAGCGGCCGCAACGACAACAUCAUCGACAUGCUCGGCUGUAUCACCGUGGGACAUACCAUAUGUUUGGUACUUGAAUACUGUCCAAACCGAGAUCUACUUCAUUAUGUCAAGGCUGUUAAUGUAGAUGUACAGGAAUCGACGUCGCUGGAGGCUAAACUGAAUUUGACCAAGGAGUUUAUGUUGUUCGCAUGGCAUGUCUGUGAUGGUAUGAGGUAUUUGGCGUCACAGAACGUGAUACACAGGGAUCUGGCGGCCAGGAAUAUACUUAUUGAUCGACAUAACUGUGCUAAAGUAAGGCCCAUUUUUUUUUGAUUUUUUUAUACGUACGGUUAGAAAUGGCAGUUACUUGACAACAAGUAACCUCAGAAAUGUGAAAAAGCUCACAAAACUUGUUCUAAUAAUGCUCCCCUUUCCAGAUCAGUGACUUUGGCCUAUGUAUCGAGUUGAGCAACAAUGGCUACUCCAACUCCAUCUACACCUCGAACUCUGGCCGAUUGCCAAUCAAAUGGCUAGCCAUCGAAGCGCUUCUGAAGCACGAAUUCAGUACCAAAAGCGAUGUGUGGUCCUUUGGCAUUCUACUAUUCGAAAUGUACUCAUUUGGUGAAACCCCCUUUGCCACAAUACCUACAAAAGAGAUUGGUGAACAUCUGACAGCUGGUGGCAGACCCUAUAAGCCUGAGUUGUGUCCUGAGGAAAUGUUCAAUAUCAUGAAGUUUUGUUGGCUUCAGAAUCCGGAUCAAAGGCCAGAGUUCAAGCUGCUGACUGAGAAAGUGGCAAUUGUAUUGGAGAGGGCUUCGGAGAGUUAUGGGUAUUUGGACCUGACAAGUGACAUUUCUACUGCACCUAACUAUAUGAAGAUCAAGAAGACUUUUAGGAACGCGGAGGGCAUCGACGAGUAGGUUUUGAAGGUAUUAUCAUGCACUACUCUUAACUUUUUAAUCUUGAAAUGACUGGUUUGAAAAAAAAUGAAAAACUGAACAGGGGGUAUCCAUCCCCCCCCCCGUUCUAAAACCCUUACUAAAGUACCCCUACCUUCAAUAUAAUAUGCCUUUAUAUAACCCCCUAUUCCCUUCAGAAAACAACGCUCAGCCUUCCGAAACCGAAUCCUGACUCGCGAAUCCACGGCAUCUGAUUCGAAUCGUCCGCCGACGCCAUCCUCACCUCCGCCGGUCUCUCCGCCAGCCAAUUCGCAGGCAAAACGAAUGAAGUUCUUCUUUUCGCGUGGACACAGCAAAGACCAGAGCAAGGAUACCUAUGAUAUGCCUCCGGUUACUUGA